AUGUUCUUAAUCAUCUGCGUUUUCAUUUUUAUUUUCAUUUUUACUUUUUUAUCUCUUGCUUUCCUUUAUAGGCAGCGCGUCGAUUGCCAUCUCGCAGCAGUUGUCGUCCUCGGGGAUGUCGGCAGGAGUCCGCGGAGUAUGUACCACGCGCUGAGCUUGUUGGAUAAUGGCUAUGACGUAAUGUUGGUUGGCUAUAAAGGCUCAACACCCAUCGAACAGCUGCAGAAUAAGAGAGUCAAAUUGUGCACAAUAGACACUCCCUCUAACCAGCGAAUGGCUACUAGAAUCAUCACUCAAACUUUCUCCCUUCUCUCCCUCUUCUUGGCUUCUAAAAGGAUUCCCAUGUGGACACUCUUCCAGACUCCACCGGCUAUUCCAACACUCGUCGUCGCUCAACUACUCAGAAUUAUCACUGGCACACGCAUCAUCAUUGACUGGCACAAUACUGCUUUCUCCCUCCUCGCAUUGAAGUGGGGCAAGGCACACCCUUUGGUUCGCCUGUCCAUGUGUAUAGAGAGGGUGGCUGGAAAAGUUGCCGAUGUGCACUUGUUCGUUACACACGCUAUGAGGAUUCAAUUGAGUUAUGAGUGGGGACUGACCGGGAAGAAACUCACCUUACACGACAAACCAUUGAGUACGUUCAAACGCCUUUCCUUGACGGAGAGGGGGAGUCUACUCUCCCGCCUCAAUCUCACAGAUGACCCAGCUUUCCAUCCCUCCAGCAGCGAUACAGACGUGCGUACAGCUCUCCUCGUUACCAGCACAUCUUGGACACCCGACGAAGACUUUGACAUGCUCCUCUCGGCGUUAGAGACAUACGAAAAGGCAAAGGCGAGCAGUGGUAAUAGCCAACUCCCCAACAUUCUCCUCGCUAUUACAGGCAGGGGACCACUGAAACAGGAGUUUGAAAAACGCGUUCACCAUCUAGAGAAGACUUGGAAGUGUGUCAGAGUGUGCACCGUCUGGCUCGAGCCUCAUGACUACCCAAAGCUUCUUGGCGCGGCUCAUCUAGGCCUCUCUUUUCACUCCAGCUCAUCCGGGUUAGAUCUCCCGAUGAAGGUAGUCGAUAUGUUCGGCGCUGGAUUGCCUGUCUGUGCGCUUAACUUUGCUUGCCUCCACGAACUCGUCGUCGAUGGCGUCAAUGGUCUUACUUUCGAGAGUGGCACCCAGCUCGGAGGGCAAUUAGUGGACCUCCUCGCUAGCAAGAAUAAACUGUCGAACCUGCGCGAUUAUCUCGCUCAUUCGGCCGACGCCGAUUGGCAGACCAACUGGAAUACCCACCUAAAUGUGCUAUUGGAAUAG